UUUGCGUUUAAAAGGAAAAUGGAUGAUUGCUGUAUUGAAUAUAGUAUUUAUAUCCAUAAGGACAAUUCAGAAGAACUAAAUGGAUAUGAUGACAGACUAAAUAGCAUUUUAUCGGAAUAUUCGGCAUAUCUGAGUCAAUUUAUUGUUGAGUAUAUUUGGCAGAACGAGGGAUUCCAUUUGUCAUUGGCGCCAGUUCAAGGGAAUGAACUACCUUGCUUAUGUGGACAAACAAACUACGGUGAUAACGUAGAAGACGAGUGGUUCAUAGUGUUCCUCCUUUUUCAACUGAGUGCAAAAUACCCAAAUAUUUCUAUCAGUGUAAAUGACAGUGAUGGAAACUUCCUACUGAUUGAAGYGGCCCAUGAACUGCCCAGGUGGUUGAAUCCAGAAACUAGUGAAAAUAGGGUAUUCAUCCAUGAUGGCAGUGUCCAUAUCAUUCCCCUGCCCUCCUCCCCCAGGGAGAUCACUGUGUUUCCCACAGGAACCCCAACUUUGUCACAAGCUCUAGAAAUUGUGAAUGGACGAAACAAUACACUGGCAGAUAAUAAGAUACAACAAGUGAUUAAAGCACGGAUUGAAGGUUAUCCAGAGAAGACUCAGCAGUCCUAUCACCAUGCCAACUGUCUGGUAUCUCCAGCAAUCAAGUAUCUAUUGGAUGUUAAGCCAACUCUUAUAAGUGCUGCUGUGCAGGCUUUUUGCCACAGGGACCCCAUAGAUAUGAAGGCCAUAAAACAAGCCAAGUAUUUUCCACCAACAGAAAGAGUUUUGUCAAGGGUUCGGUUUACACAGUGUCUCUACGCACAGAUUAUGCAUCAAGAUUUUCAUCCAGACAGAAAAUCAGGAUGGAAAAUACCUCCCAUGACUAGCAAAGACUACAAAGCACAUCAGCUAGGAAUAAAACUUAUUUGUGGAUUUGAGAUUCUUUGUUCAAAAAGUAGUGUAAAUGCAAAGUUAAAUGGAGUGGCAUCUGGUCCCCAGUGGCAGCAAUUUCUAGAGUUUCUMAAAAAACAAGGAUAUUUCAAGGGGGAAAUAGAGGGCUCCAAGUUGCAUAAAAAGCUGCUAUCCCAAGCAGAGAUCUAUUUUGAAGAGACUUUGCAUUCUCAACAUGAYACAAAUGCAACUCCUGGAGAUGUGAUUCUUUCUCUCUUGGAAGAUGCUGCCAUUGAUGUUGAUCACAUGAAAGAAAGUGAAAAGAAUUUGCCACCAGAGGACGAUGACAGCUGGCUCAAUAUUUCUCCUGAUGACCUUGAGGCCAUUCUACACAAUUACAGCGCUACAAGAAACGUUGCUUCAAAUGGAUCUACKAAAACUAGUAGCAAUGAGGAGAUGGAUUUCAAUCUAGAGUCAGUUUCACAAAAGAUGAAAUCAUUCGUUCAUAAAGUAUCAAGCCAUGAAGGAGCUGAAUUUCCAGGUGAAAACGAAAACGAAGAGAUCAACUUUGAUCCGGAUACGUUUGUAGAGACAAUGAGGCAACUAUUAGAAGGAAAAUCUGCUACCUUAGAAUCAGAUGAUGAUGAUGAUGAUGAUGAUGAUGAUGAUGAUGAUGAUGAUUUUUGUGACUUGAGUGAUGAAGAAGAUAGUGAAGAGACUCGAAAGGAAACAGGAGAGCUACUAAGUUACAUGGAAGACAUGGAUAAAGAAUUAGCACAAACAAAAAUAAGUGAAAGUUUUGAAAAGAGAAAUAACACUUCGUCAGAUACACUUCAAGAAGAGGAUACACCAGUCGAUGUAGACUUGAAUCUUGUAAAGAACUUGCUAGAAUCGUUCAGCAGUCAACAGGGACUUGCAGGUCCGGCUGCAAAUAUUUUGAACGCAAUGGGUUUGGUUUUACCGCGUGAUGAAGAUAAUGAUGAAACGGGAAAUAGUGGACGAACGAUCUAAGUUUUUUCGAACCGGAAUUUGUGGAAUAAACAAGUUGAAGUAAACUGAAAGAAAUAUAAGAUGAACAAAGAGAAUUUUCAACGCUUAGAGAAAAAGAAUGAAAAAGUACAAAAGACGUUUGCUGCGCAAGUCUAGACGAUUUUCCUUGUCGUGGGCUGAACGCAUAUCAGUUGAAAGAGAAUGGAAAAGGCUUGUCAGAUAGAAUUUGUACAAAGACAAAAGACCAGCGCCGUAAAUACAAAAUAUUGUACAGAACCAGUAUUUAGCAAGGCAGAAGGAAGGAAGAAAUUCUGAUUAAAAAAAUACAAUUAAACAGGAACAGAAUCCCCAACGAAAAUUUUAAUAUAGGCGACGAUGUAGGAGACUUUAUGCAUCAGAAAAAGUGUAGCAUGUAAAAAUGAAAUGCUUUUGUCCAUCAUAAAAUUACAAUUACUUUUG